CCUUCCAGAAUUAUCCAUAACAGAAUUCUCUCCAGAAUCUUCUCUGCCUUCUCGCACCUUCGCCUCCUCCUAUAAAUGCACUUCACCUCUUCUACCAUUUCGUCUUCAGCAAGUAAAUAGCUACGAUUCAGCAAACACAGUCGUUUCGUUUGUUCUAAGGACCUACUCUUAAGUCAUGAAUGGCGUCCUCGCUUGCUCUCAAGAGAUUUGUAUCCUCAACUCUCCUCCCAAGGUCUCUCAGACGAACCAUCGCUCCGACUGCCACCUCAGCCUCCCGCUUCUUCAACACCAAUGCUGUUCGUGAAUACGAUGACUCUGUCUCCGGUGAACUCGACUUUGACAGGCGCUCUGCUCCUCGCCGCCGCGAUUUCUUCUCAGAUGUGUUUGAUCCGUUCUCUCCUACAAGGAGCUUGAGCCAGGUCCUUAACCUGGUGGACCAAAUGACAGAGAAUCCGUUGUUUGCCGGGACACGUGGCGGCCUACGCCGAGGUUGGGAUGCAAAGGAAGACGAAGACGCCCUGAAUCUCCGAAUCGACAUGCCGGGGCUGGGUAAAGAAGAUGUGAAGGUGUCAGUGGAACAGAGCACUCUGGUGAUCAAAGGUGAAGGAGGGAAAGAAGGUGAUGAUGAAGAGAGCGUUCGAAGGUACACGAGCAGAAUCGAUUUGCCUGAGAAGAUGUACAAGACCGAUAGCAUCAAGGCGGAGAUGAAGAACGGUGUGUUGAAGGUGGUGGUGCCUAAGGUUAAGGAAGAGGAGAGGAGUGACGUUGUUCAUGUGAGCGUUGAGUGAAAGGCGAGAGGUUUUAGUGAAUAAUUUCGUAAUUGGUAUUUGGUAGCGAGUGUAGUGUGAGGUUACUGUUG